AUAGGCGCCAUAUAGCGUCAGAGCAGCCAGGUCCCCUUUUUACAGGGAGGAAGAGCAGAGGGUGUUGGACCAGAAACUCCCUCAUUUUAAAUGGCUCUUCAGGCAGGUUUAAAAGCCCCCCAGAGGGGGCGGAGGUCCUUGCACCCGGGAGGGGCACUGCUCAGGGCUGACCUUGGCCCGCGGCGGCCCGGGCGGGAGCGCUCCAGCUCCAGCUCCAGCUCCAGCCAGGCGCACCAAGCGGAGAGCGUUCGAGGUUCCUCCCCGGCCGGGAGGCUGCGGCAGCUGGGGCCGAGAGACGCGGGCUCCCCAGCGGCUGAGCGGGGCCCCGGCCUGCUGCACCGCCCGGCCCGCGCGCUCCAAUGUUGCCUUUUUAGGCCUGCGCGCGGCAGGCCCCCGCCAGAGGGAACCAGCCCCCGGCGCUGGCGCGUCCCCGGCCCCCGCCCUUACCGCGGCUGCGUCUCCCGGCGUGCGCUCCCCUCCCAACCCGGCAGCGGGCAAGGAAGGAGCCGGAGCGGGGCCAUGUCCCGCGCGGAGGCGGCGGAGGCUGGGGCGGGCGGGGAGGAGGAGGUGGUGCGGAUCCGGCUGGGGGACAGGUGCUACCCGGUCUGCAAGAGGAAGCUGAUGGAGCAGAGCGACUAUUUCCGCGCCCUGUUCCGCUCGGGCAUGCGGGAGGCAGGGCAGGGGCAGGAGGAGCAGCAGCUGCGCGGGGGGCUCAGCGCCCUGGGGCUGGAGCUGGUGCUGGACUUCAUCAACACCUCGCGCCUGGCCUGGCUGGAGCAGGACGAGGGCGGCGAGCAGGAGCCCCCUCUGCUGGAGGAGCUGAUCGAGGCUGCCUCCUACCUGCAGGUCACCCCCCUGCUGCGCCUGCUCCUCUCCCAGGUGAGGCUGGGCAACUGCCUGGAGCUGCACCGCCUGGCCCAGGUCUAUGGCCUCCAGGACCUGCAGGACGCCUGCCUGGACUUCAUGGCUGCCCACUACCAUCAGGUGCUGCGGAGACCUGAGGCCCGCCCCCACCUGCUCCUGCCCAGCGCCCUCCGGCAGCAGCUGAUGGAGAGGCGGAUGAAGGGCACCGCCGCCCUUCUGGCUAUCGGAGACUUCAUGGGUGCCUCCUCUUUGGGCCUGGCCCCGUGCCGCCACCUGCAAGAGGAAGCCUCUUGGUCCAUGCUGAGGUACGAUGAGGUGGCCCAGAGGUGGCUGCCCUUGGCCAACAACCUGCCCCUGGACCUCGUGAACGUCCGAGGCUACGGGUCGGCGAUGCUGGACAACUACCUGUUUGUCAUCGGGGGCUAUAGGAUCACCAGUCAAGAGAUAUCGGCUGCCCACUGUUAUAACCCCUGCAUAAAUGAAUGGAGUCAGAUGGCUUCAAUGAACCAAAAGAGGUCCAAUUUUAAGCUUUUGGCUGUAAACGGGAAGCUCUAUGCCAUUGGUGGUCAGUCCCUUUCCAAUGUGGAGUGUUACAGUCCAGAGCACGACUGGUGGAAUUUUGUGGCAUCUAUGCCAAACCCUCUUGCAGAAUUCUCAGCUUGUGAAUGCAAGGGCAAAAUUUAUGUUGUGGGGGGAUAUACUACAAGAGACAGGAAUAUGAACAUUUUGCAGUACUGUCCCGUCUCUGACUGCUGGACCAACUUUGAGCUGUGUGAUGUCCACAUUCGCAAACAGCAGAUGCUCUCUGUCGAGGAAACCAUCUACCUGGUAGGGGGUUGUAUUCAUGAACUGGGACCUAACCAAAAAUCCAGCCAAAGUGAGGACAUGUUAACAGUGCAGUCUUACAACAUUGCUACCAGAGAAUGGCUCUACCUCAAGGAGAACACGUCCAAAUCAGGUCUCAACUUGACUUGUACUCUCCAUAAUGAUGGGAUCUAUAUAAUGAGCAGAGAUAUUACGCCAUCUACAAGCUUGGAACACCGGAUUUUUCUUAAGUAUAAUAUUUUUUCAGACAGUUGGGAGUCACUUAGACGCUUUCCGACCUUUGGACAAAACAUGUUGGUCUGCUCUGUAUAUUUGCCCAAUAUGAUAGAAAUGUAAUUACACCAUUUUUCCCCCUUUCACUUCGUGAGUCAUUAUUGGAAAAAAUAAAUUAUUUUCAUUUCUGAA